AUGUCCGAGAGCAGCCCGUGGAACGUCGCGCCCGCCGCGGCCGCCAGCAGCCCCGAGGCGGCCAGCCCCUGGGCCGUGUCCCCCUUCCAGACCAGCAACCCCUUCAAGUCGCCCCCGCCAUCCGCCGAGACGGAGCCCGAGCCCGACGUCGUCAGCUCCGCCGUGAUGGAGGACCUGCCGUCGCUGCAGAAGCAGCCGCAGGACGAGGCGCCCACCGUCGCGUCGGCCUGGACCUCGGCCCCCGCGGCUGAGGAGCCCGCGCAGGCGUCGCCCUGGACGACGACGGCCACGGAGCAGGCGGAGCAGGUGCAGGAGGCUGUGGAGGAGGCCGUGGAGGAGACCCCCGCUGUGAUUGAGGAAGUUGCCGCGCCUGUGGUUGAGGAGGUUGCCGAGGUUGUGGUGGAGAAGGAAGUGGAGCCGGAGGUGCAGGAGGAGGUCGUGGAGACGACGACGAGCGCCUGGACGACGGUGCCCGUGCAGGAGGAGCAGCCUGCCAGUGCGUGGACGACUGCGCCUGUGCAGGAAGAGGCGGCCCCCGAGCCGGUUGUGGAGCAGGCUGCGGUGGAGGAAGAGGUCGUGGUGGAGGCCGAAGCUGUCAGCGAACCUGUGAUGGAAGAGGUCGCUGUUGUCGAGGAGCCUGCUGCUGUUGUCGAGGAGCCUGCUGCUGUUGUCGAGGAGGUUGUUGCCGAGGAGGAGGCGCCUGCUGCCACGCCUAGCGCUUGGACCACUGCCCCUGUUCAGGAGGAAACCACGUCGAGCGCGUGGACGACUGCGCCUGUCGUGGAGGAAGCUGCUCCCGUGGUCACGGAGGAGGUGGAGGCCGUUGUGGAAGAGCCUGCUGUUCCUGUUGAGGAGGUUGCGGAGCCGGUGGUGGAAGUUGCCGAGGUCGAGGAGAAAGUCGUCGCAGCACCGGAGGAAGCUGCCCCCGCGAGCCCGUGGACUGCCGCUCCCGUGCAGGAAGAGGUCGUGGAGGUUGCCGCGCCUGUGGAGGAUGUUGUGCCGGUCGAGGAGGUUUCGGCUCCUGUUGUUGAGGAAGAAACACCGGCACCAAUCGAGGUUGUGGAGGAGGUCGCACCUACCCCGGUGGUGGAGGAAGUGGCCGUCGAAGAGGAGGCCCCGGCAACUAGCGCCUGGAACACGACCCCGGUUCAGGAAGAAGCCACCGUGCAGGAGACCCCGGCUGUGGUUGAGGAGGCUCCUGUUGUCGAGGAAGCGCCUGAGCCCGUAGUGGAGACGCCUGAGCCUGUAGUUGAAGCACCCGAGCCUGUGGUUGAAGCGCCUGAGCCUGUUGUGGAGGAGGUUGCCGCCGUCGAGGAUGUGACCACUAGCGCUUGGAACACGGCACCUGUGCAGGAGGAGGUUGUGGAAGAGGUUGCCCCCGUGAAGGUGGAGCCUGUGAAGGAGGAAGUGGCUGCGGUUGUCGCUGAGGUCGCUGCUCCCGUGGAGAAGGUGGCUGCUGUCGUCGAGGCCAAGGUGGAGGAGGAAGCCCCCGCUGCGUCUUCUGCAUGGAAUACCGCUCCGGUCCAGGACGAGGUCAAGGCCGUGGUUGCCAAGGUCGAGGAGGUGGUCGAGCCCGCCAAGGAGGUGGCUGCGGAGCCCGUCCAGGAGCCUGCCGCCGUCGAGAAGAAGGAGGUGGUCGUGGAAAAGGAGGUCGCUGUUGUGGAGACCAAGGGGGCGCCCGUUGCCGCUGUCAAGGAGGUGGUCGUGGCGACGGAGGCGGUGGUGGAGGACGCCAGGAUCGAUAAGAAGGCCAUCGCGAACGCCUUCGACGGCGUGGCCAGCUACAAGACGGACAGCGUGGCCAAGGUCACCAAGGUGCCGAGCAUUGAAGCCGCCGCGGCUAAGUCGGCGGACGCCCCUGGCGCUUGCGGCGCCUGCGGCAUCGCCAGCUGCAGCAUCAUGUAG